AGUUUGAUAAUUCCAAUUAUAUAAAACAAUCCUUUUUUUUUAAGCCCUCAACUUGACUUGAUUAUGUCUUUGUCAUCAUCUCCUUCCUAGCAGGUAGAAGGGGCUUGAUUCUGCUCUUAAAAGCCACCGUUAAUGGUCAAAAUUCCCAUUUGAACAAGAAGAAAUGGGUAAUGAGUGCACUAAACCCAAGAAGCAGAGCCGAGCGGCGAAACCAGAAAGUGAUGGGGUUUCACCAGAUCUAAGCUCAUAUGAAUCAGCUUGUGAAGAAGAUCCAGAACUUGGACGGUUUGAUUCUGCUCUUAAAGCAAGAACAUCUUUAGCUCUCAAUUCUAUAGCUGUUAACUCCGACUAUAAUUCCCUUUCUCUUGAGUCUUUACGUGAUGUUACUUUAUGCUUCCUAGAUAUGAACCAAGGUGUUGUCAAUUUCAUUCUUGAAAGCAAAAAAGAUAUAUGGAAAGACCCAGAUAUCUUUGAUCUUGUUAAGGAUUAUCUUGACAGUAGUAUUCACAUUAUGAACUUCUGUUCUUCUCUUGAUGACUCUCUUGAACGUGCUCGAAAUAGUCAGUCAAUAAUUCAAGUAGCACUUACAAAGUUUGAGAAUGAGAUCAAUGGAAAUCAAGGGGAUUCACAACUUCUCUUUACAGAAACUUUACAACAAUUCAAGAGUUUUAAGGCUGCUGGUGACCCUUUUACUGCUAAGUUUUUCUCAUCAUUUCAGGCAGUUUAUACGCACCAAAAUGCCUUGUUGACUAAACUCAAGUCAAAAAUGAGUAAACUUGAUAAGAAAUUGAAUAGAGUCAAGACUUGGAAGAGAGUGUCCAAUAUCAUUUUUGCUACUGUGUUUGUUUCUGCUAUAAUUUGCUCAAUUGUUGCUGCAGCUGUCACAGCACCACCAAUGGUGACAGCAUUAGCAGCUGCAGCCUCAGUGCCCUUGGGGACAGUGGGGAAAUGGAUAAAUUCCAUGUGGAACAAGUAUGAGGAUGAGUUGAAGAGGGAUAGGGGCAUAUUGAAUUCAAUGGAGGCUGGUACUUUUCUUGUGAUUCAAGACUUGGUAAAUAUUCAGGUUUUGGUGGAUAAAUUGCAGAUAAUUUUUGAGGGGUUGUUGCAUAGUGCAAAUUUUGCAAUCAACGGAGCUGAUUCAGUCACGAGUGCAAUGGAAGAGGUCAAGAAGAAUGUGAAUGGCUUUUCAGAAACCAUUGAGCUUUUGAGUGACCAUGCUAAAAAAUGUAGCCAAGAUAUUAGCAUGGCGCGAACUGUGAUCUUGCGCAGGAUUGUCAGCCAACCCAGUAGCUCGAAUCAGGGCUCUGGUAUGUUCUUUGACUGACAGUAACUAUCUUGCUGAUUCGUCUUUCGUUCGUAUACCAUGUACCAUUGUAAAAAGUUGGUCCUAACUAUGUUAAGUUGGGUCUGUUGGUUUGAGAUUUCUGACCCCUGCAGAAAAUUAAGUUAUAUUCCUCAAUUUGUUAGUCCAUCUCUUUUCACUUUCUGUUAUCAAUUCAGUUACUCUAUAUAGUUGAUGACAUUGAAUCUAUUAAAGAGGAAAGUUUACAUCUAUUAAGGGAUGUAAUAUACUGUUAUCUAGUUGGUAAUUAGCUGAUUUGUAAAUAUGAUGCUUUGUCUCAUCUA